GAUGAUUUCUUGCUUGUAGGUGGCUGGCUUGUGUCGUGGCCACUCUCUGAUCUGCACUGUCUUUCUCUAUUUGCCCUCCUGCUGAGAUGAUCCAACUUUGUGUUGUUUCCUAAUUUUUUUACCCAGUUUUCGUGACAACCCUGAAAUGGGAAGAGAGAUGGGUCGGUUCUUGCGAUUUAGCGACAGGAUUACAUGUUUAGGUGGACCUCUUAGUAGUUGGAGUUGCAGAGGAUGCCUCUGUUAGUUUGAUACGAAGGAGAAAGAAAAGCCCUGUUGACUCUGGAUAUCAGUACAUAUACCUUCGGCUCGACUAAUUACUGAUUUUGUUGUCACACGCCAACAAUUCCUUGGUUGAAGAACAUGAUGGCGUUAGAAUUAUUGCCAGAAACAUUAGACGAAAUCGUCGAGCUGGUUUGCCCUUUCUUCCCUGACCCAUAAAAGGGGAAGAAGAUGUUUCUUUCUUAUCAUGCUCGAAGCGAAGUGAGUGCUUUCGUCGUUUUCCCCCCUCCUAGUUCUUCAAUUUGUCAAGCUAGUUUGACCUCUCUGGUAAAUUAGACUCCAUUGACUUUGAUCUGUUUUCACUUUGGAGUGAUAUUCAAUUCAAAUUCCAGAACGAGAAGGCACGCUAUCUAGGUUUCAUAUUGGAUGUUGCCCACAUCUUUCAUUAGUGAAUUCUAUGUUUUUGCCCUUCUCUGUUUAUCAGAUCAACCAGAAAGGAACUGCACCAGGGGCCAGAAGCUCACACGCCGUAGCAAUUGUGGGUCACACAGUCUACGCGUUCGGGGGCGAAUUUGCGCCGCGUGUCCCCGUCGACAACAAGGUCUACUUGUUUGACCUCAAGGAGCAGGCUUGGUCCGUGGCUGAAGCCUCUGGACACAUCCCACCUCCGCGCGUCGGUGUCUCCAUGGCGGCGGUUGGUGACACCAUUUACGUUUUCGGGGGUAGGGACAGCACCCACAAGGAACUCAACGAGUUCUAUUCUUUCGAUACGUGCACGAACAAGUGGGCCCUACUCUCGAGCGGAGACGUGGGUCCACCGCACCGGAGCUACCACUCGACGGCUGCCGAUGACCGCCGGGUGUACGUCUUCGGCGGGUGCGGUGUGGACGGGCGGCUCAAUGAUCUGUGGGCUUUCGACGUGGUCGAUCAGAAGUGGACGCAAUACCCGACCGCCGGAGAAAAGUGCAAGGGGAGAGGCGGGCCUGGGCUGGCGGUAGCCCAAGGGAAAAUAUGGGUCGUGUACGGUUUUGCGGGGAAGGAAGUGGAUGAUGUGCAUUGUUUUGACCCGGCGGAAAACGAGUGGACCCAAGUGGAAACUGGCGGACAGAAGCCCACCGCAAGGAGCGUGUUUUCUACGGUCGGCAUCGGAAAGUACAUAAUAAUAUGUGGCGGUGAAGUGGACCCGAGUGACUUGGGCCACCUCGGCGCAGGGAAAUUCUCGGCUGAGAGCUACUGCUUGGACAUGGAGACGCUGGCUUGGAAGAAGCUGGAGGACGGCCCCGAUUCAGGCCAUCAUCCCGGGCCUCGUGGAUGGUGUUCAUUUGCAAGUGGAGAGCUGAAUGGGGAAAAGGGACUUUUGGUUUAUGGUGGCAAUUCACCCAGCAAUGACCGGCUAGAUGACAUUUACUUCUUCACUCCCUGUCUUGCCUGAAGACUCAAUGAAGGUUUUGUGUUUUGUACUGUCUGGUGGGUGACUUUAGUGUCUGAGUGUGGUAAAUGAAUAAGAACAUCGUUUCAGUUGAAGUAAUUCUGUCUAGAUUUGGAUUGAAACAGAAGCGCAUCUCCUACAUGUAAAUAAGACUAAUAUAUUUGGCGUGCUUUAUGA